AUGGCAGAGGAAGUAAAUAGAAAUGUUAAAAGAGCGUCCGAAUUGAUUAAUUAUAAUAAAGUAGAUAAAAGUUGUUUAAAAAAUAUCAACCUACAAAUUACGGAUGGAGAAAUAAAGUUACAUUUAAAAAUUAUUGAAGCCUUAUAUCCUAAUAUGAAAUUAAAAGUUGAUAAAUUAAUAAAUGGAAGUUAUAAUAUUUUUACGAAAUUCUUAGUACAAUCACAUAUAGAUGAUUUUAACUCCUUUAUAAAUGUUUAUAUAAAAAAUAUUGCUGAGAAUAUACCAAUCAUGGAAUUUUCACCUCAGCAAAAUAAUUAUUCUCUAUUAAAUAUGAAUAAGAAUAAUUCUGAAUCAGUAAAGUUUUUCGUAAGUGAUAUACAAAUAAAAAAUCCAAUGAUAAAAAAUGAAAAAGGGGAGUAUAGAGCAGAUUAUCCUUAUUUAUGUAAACUAUCUGCUAGAACAUAUGAAGGAGAAUUACUUAUAAAAAUUAAUAGACAAUAUAAAGAUGAAAUAGCUAGUACAACAAUAUGUGCUGGACAUAUUCCAAUUAUGAUUAUGUCCAAUUUAUGUAAUUUAAGUAAUUUAAAUAAAAAAGAAUUAGCUCAAAAAGGAGAAGACCAAAGUUUAUUAGGUGGUUUUUUUGUAGUAUCUGGAAGAUUAAAAGUAAUAAGAUAUGUAAUUCAUCCGAAAUAUAAUACAUUAUUACUAAAUGCUGAUAAUAAGAUACAUAUAAAUUGUUUAUUAAAUGAUAAUACUGUCGUAAUUAAUUUUUUAACAUUAACUAGAAAUAAUUCAUAUGUUUAUGGAUUCAGAUUCCAAAAUGCAGUAUGUUCUCUUCCUUUUCAUUUAUUAUUAAUGAUUUUAAGUCCAAUAAAAAAGAAAAGUUAUAUUUUUAAUAAAAUUAAGCUAGGAGUUGAAAAUGAAAAUGCAAUUAAAUAUAUAGAACUUUUUAUUAAUUCUAUAUUUCUAAAAAAUACAUUUAAUGAAAAGGAACUUUUUGAAAAAUAUAAUUUAACUUAUUUAGGUAGAAUUGCUUAUUUAAGAAGAGGUAUUUUUAAAUAUAAUUUAAAUUGCUAUGAAAAAAAAGCAAAAGAUAUUUUAAAAUAUUGUGUAUUACCGCAUAUAAAAAAUAAUUCUGAAAAAUUUGAAACCAUGUGUUUUAUGUUUAAAAAAUUAAUCUAUAGUAAUUUCAAAUUAAUUACUCCUAUAAAUAAAGAUUCUUUAGAAAAUCAUGCUGUAACUACAUGUAGUAAUUUAUUAGCAAAUUUGUUGAAAGAUCAAGUAAUGAAUUCUUUAUGUCGUUUGUACAUUAGAUAUACAAGAUCAUUUUUUAAAUAUUUUGAAACGAAAUAUAACACAUUCAAAUUAAGUGUAAAGCAAAUAUAUUUGAGAUACAAAAUGUUUGUAUUAGAGGAAAUGCAAGAAGACCACUUAAACCAAAUAUCUUUGUAUGAAUCAUCUGAAAAUAUCAAUGAUUCUAGUUAUCAAGAUAAUAACGAUUAUAAGAACGAAUCCAAAAAAAAACUCAAAUCCAUUUUCAUAAAUGAAAAAGAAAAAUUGUUCAAGAGCGUCGAGAAUUAUUUCAAAGAAUUAUAUAAUGAUAAUUAUAUGUUUUUAGAAAAUUGUAAAAGUUUUUCAAAUACUUCAUCAGCUAUUUUAUUUUUCUUCAAAACUGGAAAUAUCUCCUCAGAAAAUUUACAUUAUCAACAAAAAAGUGGUUGGGUAAUAGCAGCAGAUGAAAUUAAUAAUUUAAGAUUAAUAACCAAUUUUAGAGCUAUACACAGAGGAACCUUUUUUCAAGAUGUUAAAGUAUUAACUCCAAGAAAAUUAUUAGGAGAAUCAUGGGGAUUUAUAUGCCCUGUACAUACUCCUGACGGUACCCCAUGUGGUUUAUUAAAUCAUUUGGCUCAAUAUUGUCAUGUUCAUAAUUUAUCUAGUAAUGAAGCACAUAAACUCAAUAUAAAAUUGUAUCUUAAAAAAAUAGGUAUAAAUGUAAAUUUAGAUGAUACUAGUGGUAUACAUACAAUUUAUGAUGAUGAAAACAUUCCAAUUAUUGUUGAUUCAAUACCCAUUACAUAUAUAGGAGAAAAAGAUUUUAAUAGAACUGUCUAUAAAUUGAAAUAUGCAAAAAACAAUAAUUUGUUUAAUUUAAAAUCGUAUUUUGAAAUUAAUGCUUAUUUAAAUGAACCUCUAAUUAUGAACAGCAUAAUUAUUAAUACAUUUCCAGGAAGACUAAUACGACCUUUAUUUAAUUUGAAAACUAAAGACAUUGAAUUUAUUUCACCAUCUUAUCAACCAUAUAUAUCUGUAGCUAUAAACAAUGAAGAUGUUAAAAAAAAUAAUUUAGCUAGAAAACUUUUAAAAAAAAAAGAACAAGUUGUUAAUUCGAUAAAAAUAGAUAAAAACCCUUGCAGUAUAAAGCAGAAAUUUUUAUACCAUCAAAAUAGGGAAAACUUAUUAUGCAAAUUAAAAAAGGAAUCAAAAGAUGGCUCAAAUAAAUAUUACAAAAAUAAAAUUGAUAGCAAAUUAUUAAAAGUUUUAGAUCAGAAAAAAAAUAACGAUUCAGAUACAAAUACGGAUAAUUAUGUUAGUAGUUCUGAAUAUGAUACAGAUUCGGAUUAUGAUUAUGAUUAUGAUUCUAAUUGUGAUUCAAAAUCUAACUCUAAUUUUGAUUCAAAGUCUGAUAAUAUAUCAGGAAGUGAUAAUAAUAUGUCAACAACUACAUAUGUUGAUAGUGAUGAAAAUAUUAAUAUAGAUAUGUAUGAACAAAUACCACAAAAAUUUGAAUAUAUGGAAUUAAAAGAGACAUCCUUUUUAUCCUUUCUUGCUUCUUUGACUCCUUUUUCAGAUCAUAAUCAAAGUCCUCGUAAUAUUUAUCAGUGCCAAAUGUUGAAACAAACUAUGGGAAUACAAAGUUUAAAUAAUGUAUAUACAUUCACAAAUAAAAUAUAUCGAAUGAUAACACCUCAAGUACCAUUAGUUGUAACAAGAGAUUAUGAAUUUUAUGGAGUGGAUAAUUUUCCUAGUGGUACGAAUGCGGUAGUGGCUAUAUUAGCUUAUACAGGAUACGAUAUGGAAGAUGCGUUAAUAAUAAAUAAAGCUAGUGCAGAUAGAGGUAUAUUUCGAACACAUAUAUAUAAAACUGAAUUUAUUGAUUUACAAAAAGUUGGAGAAUCUAGUAAUUUUGUGUUUGGAAAUAAUAUAAGAUAUUUAAAUAAUAAUAAAAAUAAUAAUAAGAAUAUGGCUUACGAAAAUAAAGGAAAAUUUUUAAAUAAAGAUGGGUUACCUUGUGUACAACAAAAGAUAACAGAGGGUAGUCCAUUAUAUUCAUAUAUUAAUAAAAGCAAUGAAUUAACUACUUAUGAAUCUUUUAGGAACCAUGGAGAAUAUUACGUAGACUUUGUAAGUAUAGGAAAAAAUAGUUCAAAUCAAGUAGCAGUUGUUAAAUUAAGAUCAACAAGACAACCACAAGUUGGUGAUAAAUUUGCAUCGAGACAUGGACAAAAGGGGGUUGUCUCUCGAUUAUUUCCUCAAGAGGAUAUGCCAUUUGCUGAAAGUGGUAUUGUUCCUGAUAUUAUUUUCAAUCCUCAUGGUAUUCCAUCUCGUAUGACUAUAGGUAUGCUUAUCGAGAGUAUUUGUGGAAAAGCUGCAUCUUUAUAUGGAAAAAGAAUAGAUGCUACUCCAUUUAGAAAAUAUACGCAACAAAAAAGUUUUAACAAUCCAUGGAUUGACAAUUGUGGUAUCAAAGGUUUCUUGGAAAAAAAUGAUACAUUAAAAUCUGACUUGGAUCCAUGUCAGGAGGAAAAAGAUAAAAAAAAAAAUAAUAAUAAUAAUAAUAAUAAGAUAAAAAAUAAUAAAUAUAAUAACUCUAAUGAUAGUGAUGACAAUUCCAACCAAUGUAAUGAUAAACGUGAUGAAGAAGAAAAAAAAGGUACUAUAACUUAUGAUGAAAAAAUUGAUUAUUUUGCUAAAUUAUUAUUAAACAAAGGAUAUGAUUAUUAUGGAACUGAAUUGUUAUAUAGUGGUAUAUAUGGGGUUCCAUUACAGGCACAUAUAUUUAUUGGUGUAAUUUAUUAUCAAAGGUUAAGACAUAUGGCUUAUGAUAAAGCUCAAGUGAGAAGAACAGGACCAGUGUGUAAUUUAACUCACCAACCCUUGAAAGGAAAAAGAAAACAUGGUGGUAUAAGAGUAGGAGAAAUGGAAAGAGACGGUAUAAUAUCACAUGGUUGUAGUUUUGUAAUUAAUGAAAGAUUUUUAAUGAGUUCUGAUGGACAUGAAUGUUUUGUUUGCCCUAAAUGCGGACUUAUUUUAUCACCAAUAAUGCAAUUUAAUACAACUGGAAAAAUAAUGAAAGGAAGAUCUAUUGGAGGAAAAAGUAAAAUGGCUGUAUGCAAAUCUUGUGAUGUCUCUUGUAAAAUUGUUAUUAUUCCAUAUGUUAUACGAUAUUUAUUAAAUGAACUCAUUUGUUUAAAUGUUACCAUAAGGUUGAAUAUGAAAUCAGUGGAAAAUGUUUUUGAUAUGAAAUAA